CGUAAUAAUAGUCAAAAUCCUAAAAAGUACGAUCACGGAGCGUCGUCGUACACAUCUUUAAUACACGCUCUCUGCUCCUUUCUCGCCGGCCGUUUUAGACUCAACAAUUUUCUGAAAAAGGAAAGACUUUAUUAAAACAAAUUCUUAAAAAAUUUCCUUUUUUUACUUUACUUUGGUGUCUAAUUUCGGAUCUCCGGCGAUGGGUCCGGUAGAGACGGCAGUGGAUCCGUCGACAGCGGCGGCGGUGGUGGUGGCGUACCGCUUGCAUGAGGCAAUAUAUUGGUGGGAGGAGGUGAACGAAUCCACUGUUUGGCAAGACCGUACUUUCCAUGUCCUCGCGAUCUUAUACGGCGUCGUUUCAAUCGUUGCUCUUGUGCAAUUAAUUCGGAUUCAAAUGAGAGUUCCCGAGUAUGGAUGGACCACUCAGAAAGUUUUCCACUUUCUCAAUUUCUUGGUGAAUGGAGUUCGCUCGCUUGUUUUUGCAUUUCGCCGGGAUGUUCAGAAGUUGAACCCUGAGAUUAUCCAGCACAUCUUGCUUGAUAUGCCAAGUCUUGCAUUCUUCACAACUUUUGCCCUGCUAGUAUUAUUCUGGGCUGAGAUAUACUAUCAGGCACGUGCUGUAUCUACUGAUGCUCUUAGGCCUAGUUUCUUCACAAUUAAUGGAGUGGUGUAUGCUAUUCAGGGGCAAAGCUACGUCCUCCAAGGGUGGUCAACUGACCACCCUUCGCUGGAAAAUUAUACUCCGUAUAAGAUUAUAUUAUGGCUGAUAAUAUGGUGGAAACCUAUUCCAGCUCUCGUCAUCUUAUCUAAGGUGUUCUUUGCAGGUGUAUCUCUAUUUGCAGCCUUGGGGUUUCUUCUUUAUGGAGGAAGGCUUUUCCUUAUGUUACGGCGUUUCCCUGUAGAAUCAAAAGGGAGACAGAAGAAGCUACAGGAGGUCGGCUAUGUGACAACAAUAUGCUUUACAUGCUUCCUCAUUAGAUGCAUUAUGCUGUGUUUCAAUGCAUUUGAUAAAGCUGCGGAUCUUGAUGUCCUGGACCAUCCAAUUUUGAAUUUUGUGUACUACCUGUUGGUGGAGAUACUACCUUCUUCGAUUGUCCUUUUCAUUUUGAGGAAGUUGCCUCCGAAGCGAGGGAUCACACAGUACCACCCUAUUUGCUGAUACAAUAGUGUGUAUUCAAUGAUGGGUAUGAAGCUUCGGGAUGGAAAUCAAGCUCUGGGAAGUAGGAUCAGAUGCCAGACGAGUUGGCUUUUAUGAUACUUGUCUUACCUGGAAGUGAUGGAAGCAAGGACCAUUUGCGAGAUUAUCUUGUACAUGGAGUAUGGUUCAUCAGGGACUCUGAAAAUAUAGUUUGUUCUUUGCAGAUUUUUAGUUAUGUUUCUAAUUUAUAGUCUUGAAGCAAGAGUUGUGGAACAUGCUGUGAUUUCUAGUGUAAUUAUCCUCAUCUUUGUCUUUGAGAUUUCAGUUUAUUAUUCUUUUUCCCCUAUAUUUCAAGUUUGUUUCGUGGCGUACUUGUUUGUUACACAGCAAACUAUUAGGAUGCAUUGAUGUUGCAAGGUAGAGGAUGAUGAUUCAUAGAUACAUAAAACAAGGUGGAUGUUUAUGGAUUGUACCUGGAACAUUACGCGAGAGAACUACUGGAGAACUUUAUCUGCUUCAUGCUAACACUUAUGGAUUCUCAAUUGUGAGGAUGAUUGUCUUCUCCAGGGAGAUGAAUUGCUAGUCAUGCUGCAAGGUUGGAACCGGUAGGCAUAUCUCUCUUUUCAUGAAGAGGACCGGUUGGUACACCUGCAGUUCAGCAUUUGUAACCACCUUUUCUCCUUGACUUCUCUGAGUGUUAGGAAUUCACUCUAUAAUGUUGCCUCACUUAAACGGAUGGAUGUCUUCAAGCAUCAGUUGAACAGGUUCGAAUCGGUUGGGUUCAGAUGAAAAUGGCUAGAAGUAUGAAGUAACACUCAAGACCUACUCUACUAUUAUUGAAACUAUAAUAGUUCUGGCACUAAUCUUCCGCAGAAAGUCACCAAAGAUGCCCUAUUGGAAGGGAAAAGAAAAUUCCUGAGAAUGUAUCUAUGUUUCAAUGCUUUAAAAGAAGGUUGGAAGGGUGACUUGAGACCACUAAUUGGCUUAGAUGAAACUUUCUUGAAAGGAAAAUGUAAGGGUAUGCUCUUGGUAGCCAUUGAACAAGGUUCAAUGAAUCAUUUUUAUCUACUAGCCUGGACUGUAGUGGAUAAAGAAACUGGCAGGACAUGGUCAUGGUUUUUGGAGCUUCUGAAGAGGUCAUUGGAAUUAAAAAAUGGUGCUGGAGUUACUUUUAUAUCUGACAUGCAAAAGGGAUUGCUGGAAUCUGUGAGUGUGGUAUUGCCCGAAGCACAUCGCGGAUAUUGUAUGAGGCACAUUGAGGCCAAUUGGUAUAAAAAUGGAGUGGUGAAAUGAAAAAGUUGAUGUGGUGGUGUGCCUGGAGCAGUUAUCAGGAAGAUUUUUAUGACCAAUUGAGGAAAUUGGGAAGCUAAUCUGAAGAUGCAGCUAGAGAUUUGGUGCAAUUUUUGAUACUCAAUGUAAGAACAUGAUGGUGGAUAACAAUUUCACCGAGUCAUUCAACUCUUGGAUAUUGGAGGCUAGAAGCAAGCCCAUCAUCAAAAUGCUUGAAGACAUAAGGAUUAAGGUAAUGGAGAUGUUAGUAAAAAAUGAGGAUAAAAUGAGGAGCUGGGGUAGUAAUUACUAAUUAUAGUCCAACAUGUAUGAAGUCGUACAAUGAUUAUAGGAUUAUUGCUCAAUCUUGCAAGGUGGUAUUUAGUGGGGAUAAUGGAUAUGAAGUAACAGGGGGAGGAUAGACAUACGGUCAACUUGGCCCAAAUAAAGGUGUACAUGUAAGGUAUGGGAUUUAUCUGGAAUCCCAUGCUCCCAUACAAUCCAAGCUGUGAAGAGAGAGGAACCCAUGGAUAAAAUUAAUUGGUGGUAUAGUAGGGAGGCCUAUAUGUUGACGUAUAAGAGUAAAUUGCAACCUGUUAGGGGACAUCAGUUCUGGAAAAUUGAUCCCUCACAAGCGAUGGAACCACCUGAAUGGUAAAACUAGUUGGUAGACCCAAAGUUAAGAGAAAUAGACAACCUGAUGAAGCAAGCAACAGAAAGGGUAUUUGGAGUGUUUCAAGAAAGGGCAGCAUCAUGUCAUGUAGCAAAUGUGGUGAACCAAAUCACAACUCAAGGGCUUGUUACAAGGACAAUAGAUCUGGGCAGACUUCCCAACCAUGGAAAGAAAGAAGCUGCAGUCAAAACACAAGCCAAAAUGCAGUAACUGAAGAUGAUGAAAUACAGGCAGCGACACAACAGUCAACUGGUUAUGGUCCUUCAGUUGGGGAUGAGGAAGACCCACCAUUGAGGCCAUCUGUAGUGUCUGAGAGAAACAAUACUUGAAUUGAGGAAAAGACAGCAAGUUCGAACUGUUACGAGAAGAAUCCAGUUUACUGGAGAUGAAACGGGUGCUAGCAUCCCAACCAACCUGCCUUUUGAACCAAGAAAGGGCUUUUGGAAGGGAAAGGAAGCAAUGUUACCAAGCCAAUUACAACAAGCAGUAGGAAAAAAGAGAGCAAAGUUGACUGCAGGAAAAGGGAAAGCAGCUACGCGAGAAUGAAUUGUGAUUUAAGUUGUAAUGUUCUUUUUGGAAGUAUGACAAUGUUAGUCUUUUGUUCAAAGUUGUUGGGUUAAACAAUUAGUUUUUGUGGUUGGGUAAUCACCUGAAUGUUAUGGUGGUUUUGACAAUAUUUUUUGUGGUUAGUUAAAGUCUUAACUAACUUUUGAUGGUUAGUUAAGGUACUAACCAGUAGGAAUAUUGGUUAUGAAUGCUAGUAAAUGCAGUUUAUGAAUGUCAUUAGUUAUGUAGUUUAUGAAUA